AUGGUUGCCCUCCUGGUCCUGCCGCAGCUAUCCUCCGCGGCCUUCGAACCCGCCACCAGGAUCCUCCUGAACUGCGGCUCCAGGGACAGCGCAACGCCGCCCAACGACAACCGCCCCUUUCUCCCCGACUCUACAGCGAACUCCGUCUCUCUCUCCGGCAGCUCCGUCGAGGUCGUCGAUUCGAAUAGCAGCUCCUACAGCGGUGCUGCCCUGUACCAGACAGCGAGGGUCGCCACGGGCCGCAUGUCCUACGAGUUCAGCGUCGCCUCCACCGGCAACCACGUGCUCCGGCUCCACUUCGCCCCCUUCUCCUCCGCCAAUUACGAUCUCUUCUCCGCCGUGUUCACCGUCUCCGCCCUCGACAGGUUCGAGCUACUGAAGAACUUCUCCGUCCCCAGGGGCGGCGCCGCCUCCCCCGUCGUCAAGGAGUUCUUCCUCCGGGUGGACUCGGGCAAGUUCGUCAUCGCCUUCACACCGUCAUCGGCGGUGGCCUUCGUCAGCGCCGUUGAGGUCUUCACCGCACCUGUGGAGCUCCUCCGCAGCGACGCCCGGUGGGGUGGUCUUACGGCGCAGCUGGCGCUGGAGACCGUCCACCGCAUAAACAUGGGGGGACCUCUGAUCACCCCCUCCAACGAUUCCCUGUGGAGGAGCUGGAUUCCCGACGGCGACUUCCUACUCGAUAGUAGCACCGCCACGAUCGUUGACUCGUCGGCGACGAUCAAUUAUCCCAGCGACGGUAGCGGACCGACCGAGGAGGUCGCGCCGAGCAGGGUUUACAGCACGGCGCAGGCGAUGAACAAGAAAGGGCUCCAAGAUCCCUGGAUCAACAUCACCUGGCGGUUCAACGUCUCCACCGGCGACAUCCAUCUCGUGAGGAUGCACUUCUGCGACAUCGUCACUACCAUAUCCUCGCAGCUCGUCUUCAACUCCUACGUCGACAGGAAGGACUUCUACCGGAAUCUGCAACUGUCUAAUGAAGUUUUCGACAAGACCACCGCCCCCUACUACUCUCAGUCAUACGUCGCCGACGGCGGCGGCGCCGAGGGUAGCUCGAGGAUCAUGGAGGUCACCGUCGGGCGGUCGGACAUGAGCACGGCCACGACGGCCGAUGCCCUGUUGAACGGACUGGAGAUCAUGAAGGUGUUGAACAGCUCGGCGAUCGGGUCCGGCGGCGGCGGGGAAUCGAACAAGGGAACCACCAGCAUCCUGAUCGGUUCCGUCGUGGGAGGCCUCGCUCUGCUCCUGCUGGUGGUGGGAUUUCUGGUCCUCUCCUUCCGCCGCGGGCGGAAGGGCCGGACGCUGCUGCCGCCGGAAAGGAAGGAGACGGGGACGUCGUGGUGGUCGCCCCUGCCGGGGCACUCCGCCGUCUCCCGCAGCAAGGUCAGCGAGGGCGCCACCGCCACCGGGCCGGGAUGGACGCGGCAGGAGAUGAACCUGGGCCUCCACAUCUCCUUCGACGAAAUCCUCUCGGCGACGAAGGGCUUCGACGACGAGCUCAUCAUCGGCUCCGGCGGGUUCGGGAAUGUCUACAGGGGGGUGCUGAGGAACGGCACCAAUGUCGCCGUCAAGCGGGGUAUGCCGGGUUCGUCGCAGGGUUACCCGGAGUUUCAGGCGGAGGUGCUGCUGCUGUCGAAGAUCCGCCACCGCCACCUCGUCUCCCUCGUCGGCUACUGCGAGGAGAAGUCGGAGAUGAUCCUGGUGUACGAGUUCAUGGAGAAGGGCACCCUCAAGGGGGUCCUCUACGACGGCGGCGCCGCCGGCGAGCCCUGCCUGUCUUGGAAGCAGCGGCUGGAGAUCUGCAUCGGCGCCGCCAGGGGGAUCCACUACCUCCACACCGGGGAUUCGCAGGCGAUCAUCCACAGGGAUCUGAAGACCUCCAACAUCCUCCUCGACGAGGACCUCACCGCCAAGGUCUCCGACUUCGGGCUCUCCCGCAUGGGCCCGGCGGUGGGGAAGACCCACGUCAGCACCGCCGUCAAGGGCAGCUUCGGCUACCUCGACCCGGAGUACUUCAAGACCCAGCAGCUCACCGACAAGUCCGACGUCUACUCCUUCGGCGUGGUGCUCCUGGAGGUGCUCUGUGCCAGGCCAGUGAUCGACCCGCAGCUCGCCGGCGACCAGCUCAACCUCGCCGAGUGGGCGGCGAUGAGCCACCGAAGGGGCCAGCUCGAGCAGAUCGUCGACCCCCGUCUCAGAGGGGAGAUCAACGCCGCUUCCCUGAGGAAAUUUGGCGAGACGGCGAUGAGGUGCCUGGAGCCCUUCGGCGACGACCGCCCCGCCAUUGGAGAUGUGCUCUGGAACCUCGAGUACUGCCUGCAACUCCAGCAGACGGAGAUCAAGAGGGAGGCCUACGAGGACAGCGGCGUCUGCGAGACGCAGUUUCCGGCGGCGCUGCCGCUCCGGCCUGUGCCGUCGGCCGGCGGGACGAUCGGCGAGGAACAAGAGGACGAUGACGCCGCCCCCUUCGCACCGGUGGAAGGGCUCGACGCCGACCAGAUGGACUUCACCGCCAGCAAGGCCUUCUCCCAGCUGAUCACUCACGAGGGCAGAUAA